GCAGGGCAUGACCAACCAUCGCGGCUCACCGGUGCUGAUGGGCACAAUGCAGAAUAACUUGAAGGAACAUUUGUACAAAAUACUUGUCAUUGGUGACCUUGGAGUUGGGAAAACGAGCAUCAUCAAACGAUAUGUCCACCAGACGUACUCCACAAACUACAGGGCGACAAUUGGGGUGGAUUUUGCUCUGAAGGUUCUCAAUUGGGACUCGGAGACGGUUCGGUUACAGCUUUGGGAUAUAGCAGGCCAGGAACGCUUCGGGAACAUGACGCGCGUCUACUACCGCGAGGCCAUGGGCGCCUUCAUCGUGUUCGACGUGACCCGGCCGACCACCUUCGAGGCGGUGGCCAAAUGGAAGGAGGACCUGGACUCCAAGCUGACGCUGGCCAACGGCCAAAGCAUCGCCACCGUGCUGCUGGCUAACAAGUGCGACCAGGGCCGCGACGUGCUCAACAACAACGGCAUCAAGAUGGAGCAGUUCUGCAAGGAGAACGGCUUCGUCGGCUGGUUCGAGACCUCAGCAAAGGAGAACAUCAACAUCAACGAGGCGGCCAACUUCCUGGUGAAGCACAUCAUCGCCAGUGAGAACGACAUCCUGAAGUCGGUGGUGCCCGACACCAUCUCCCCCCAGCUCAGCUCCACCAAGGAGGUCAGCUGCUCCGCCUGCUUCAAGUCCUAGAGGCGAGCGGGUGGGGGAUGGAGGCUGUUCAUAGUCUGCGUAGGCCGACGCACCACACUGAGGCCCCGUGUACACAGAUACAGAUAUUUUCUUAAAUGCAUAGUUUUUAUAUACAUUUUGGCCUUCCGUUUACACACGAUAUAGGCACAGGAUCAAACACAAGCAGGUAAUUGGAGUGCUUCUGGGUCUUCACCUUUUUUUCUUGGUGCUCAUCAGUAGGGGCUCUCAAACUUGGUCCAGGAAGACAGAUGCUGAGGCACUCAAGGUUGCAAUUUUUUUUACUUUUUUAUUUGGCUACUAUGCCUACGCGUUUCGGCCCUUAUGGCCUUCUUCAGGGCGUAUGAAUAGGCACAGGAUAUUUAAAAAAAAAACAGAUUCUUUUAAAACUAAUA